ACUGCGGGUAAGUGGAGACAUUUCUUGUUCCUGCGAAUGAUCAGUUGUCGAUAUUACAGGUAGCAAAAGCAGAAGGUUCCUACAGCGAGACACCAGGAGAGAGGAGUCUUCAGAAAGAGAGGGAAACAGACCCCAGGGUUCAAAUGGUGGCACAGAGACUGAAAGAGGCACAAAACAUCCUUUACCGGUGGGCCGGGAUGCUGAAGUCGAAGCCAAAGGACUCUGUGUGUCUAGGGGAGGAUGUGUGUUCAGUUCUCCAUGAUCUGGAGAGACAGUGGAAGAGGGGGAAGCUCUCCAACACACUGCCAGUCAUGGACUUCAUCAUGUGGGCUGUGAUUCAGGAGCAACCUGAGGAGGGCUCUGCUCCUCAGUGCUGGAUCAGAUCCAGGAAGAUGUUCAGAAUUUCAGAGAAGAAAAUCCCAGAUUCAGCGUGGAAUUGGAUUCUUGAAGCAUCGGCCAAGAUGACCCUGGAUCCAGAGAAGUCAGAUCCUGAUCUCAUUUUGAGAGAAGACAGAAAGGGUAUGAAAAUGAACACCAUCAACGAGAGUGUGGACAGAGAUGGGUUCUCUACAGGGAGGCAUCAGUGCGAUGGGUGGUGCUGUGUACUGGGAACAGAGGGAUUCACCACAGAGAGACAUUACUGGGAGGUCGAUGUUAAGAGAAAGAGAGACUGGAGAAUAGGAGUGGUGAAGGAAUCUGCCCCACGGAGAGGCUUUGUGAGUCUGAACACGCAGUCUGGAUACUGGACCCUACGUCUCCAACUAGGGAUGCUAACAGCCCUGACUGUUCCUCUCACUAAAUUCUCAGAGGUGGUCAUUCCUUCCAAGGUGGGGGUCUAUCUGGAUGUGGAGGAGGGUCAACUUUCCUUUUAUGAUGCAGAGAGAAGGAGCCACAUCUACACUUUCAAUGACACCUUCACGGAGAAGGUUUAUCCAGUAUUUGGUACCAUAGAAACAGACAUCGCUCUUGUCAUUCUGUAG